AUGGCAGAACGUCAGGAGGCAGGUUGGCAACGAUUCAAUGAGGAGCUAAGGCAUACGCUGACAAUUCUGACUCAGCCGCUGCUCCCAGGCUAUGUAGACGAAAUGAAUCGCACUGAUAACAGCGGGCUUGAAAAUGUGCUGGCUAAGGUGAUCGAUUGGGUUGCACUGGACCCACCUAAAGAAAAAGACAUCCCCAGAGCUUUAGCACGCUUGGCUAGUGUGAUGUCUGUCCAAAUUAAGAGACAGGACGAAGCCAUGGAGAGGGCCCAAGCACAAAUACGGGCACAAAUGAAGGAAAUUGAUGAUCUCAAAGGGGAGCUGGGAUGUGUUGUGGAAAAUCCAGCAUAA